AUGGUGACCGUGUCAACAACCCCCGCGCCGUGUCUGCGCCCGGCCAUGGCCCUGGCCCCUUCGCUUGGGGCACCUAGUCUACCUUCACCUGAGACUCCAAAUUACCAAAUACAGAUUGGUAGUCUGAAACGCAUCCUUCCGAAGAAACGAAAGACUCUGGCCUAUCGGUUUUCUGUUGGAGGUCGUUUGUCCACAUGGCCUGCAUAUGCAUCCGGGCAGGCUAUCCUACAGAGUCGGAAACCCUGUUGUAGUCCAGAGGGGAGAAGCAAGAAACAGGCUUCUCUUACCAUUGCAAAACCACGAUACCUGGAAGAGCUGGAAUGCUACCUAAGGAAAGAGCUGCAGUCUCUGGACCUGACUAAAGAGAACGCUCAGGAACUUAAGCUCCAGCCUUAUAGAGAGAUCUUUGAGUUCUUCAUAGAGGACUUCAAAACCUACAAGCCCCUGCUGUCUGCCAUAAAGAAUGAGUAUGAAGUUACAUUGGCUCACCUGAGGGAGAAGAUCCGCUCCCUAGAGCCCUUGAAGGCAAUGCUGGUGUCUGUGUCAGAUGAGUGCACCCGGCAGAUCGUGGCACUCCAGGAGGAGGAGAAAGCUGAAAUAACGAUGCUGAAGAAAGAGAAACUGUAUUUGUUAAAGCUUAUUGACAAGAUGAAGGAGGAGAAGGGCUCCCUGCAGACUCAGGUGAACAAGCUGCGGAAGAAUGUGGCCAAGGAAUACAUGCGCUACAUUAACGAGUGUGACGCACGCAAGCUGCUGCUAGCAGACCUGAAUGAAAUGCGCAACCAGCAGUUGGAAAUGUCGCUUCGCCAAGUCCAAGAGGUCAAGGGUGAAGACUUGGUCAAGGUAACACUGGCGUUGAAGAUAGCUCGGCAGGACCUCACAAAAGCCCAGGUGGAGCUGAACACGAUGAAAGCAGAUUACGGAGACGUCGUACCCAGGAGAGACUUCGAAUCGCAGGAGAAAAAAUAUUCUGAUCUGUUUGAGAAGCUGGAAAUUCUGCAGAAGGAUUUUGAUGCCCUCCAAAAGGAGUACGACACUCUGCUGGAAAUCCACCAAGAGACCGUGGAAGAGCGAGACCGGUUCUACAACGAACUCCAGCAAGUUCAGCGCAGCUCCACCCCCCGGCCUGACUGGGCAAAAUGUGCAGAGGUGAUUUCUGGUGGGCCUGAGCGGUGGAGCUAUCUGGAAGAGGGGAAGACCAGUGACCAGCUGGUGGAUGUCCUUCUGGAGGAAAUAGGAACAGGAGUGCUGAAGGAGAAGGACUCCUUCCCCGGGCUGGGCAAAGGGGACAAGGUCCCUGUGUACCUGAGGUACGAAGGCCAGGUGAAGAACAAGAAGCUGAACAAAAAGGAUGUGGUGAACAUCCUGAAGGAGAUCUGGAAAGAGAAAGUUUCAGCAGAUCUGCAGAAAGGGAAGCAAUCCAGCCUUCCAGAGUUCUUCCUUAGCUACCUCCAGAAGAGAUACGGAGACUCCUCUGCCUUCGAAUGGGCGUACACCAUCUAUGAAAACAUCAAGCUGUACCGAUCAAACGAAGCCAUGAGCUUGUUCUAUGACAUACUGAGUGGGAAGGUGGAUGAAGGACUAUACCAUGGCCAGAACCAGCUAAUCGCCAACCUGCUGAAGGAGCUGAUGGCCAGCGACAGCUCAAACAGCGGAACGCUCAUGACGGAACAGUUCAACCUGGCACUGAGGGCAGCUUUUCCCUUGAAAAGUAGUGAUCAGAUCCAAGAACUAAUCGAUGCGAGCAGGUACAAGGCAGAAAGCACAGAGGACCUCAUUGACUACAGAUCCAUAUUCAUGGAGGACGAGGAGGGCAACGCUGAGCCCUUCAUUGCGAAGAUCAGGAGCCAAUAUGCUAGCGAGAAGCAGGAGUAUCUGAGAGAACUGAGGAACGAGCUAGGCCAUGCGCCGGAGGUGAAAGUGGAUGAUCUGAAGACAGCCUUCUGUGCCAUUGAUCCUGCUAUUGAUGACCUCACGCUGGACGCCUACGUUUGCCUGGCAUUCCAGGCCUCAAAAGAACAGUGGGAUCAGACUGGCUCUCUGCCUGUGGACACAGUGGUUGAGAGGCUGCUGGCUGGAGACACAAAACGAAUAGGCGCCCUUCCUGAAGAGAUCUACACAAGCCACUCCUUCUCAGAACGGGGAGAGGCAGGGGCCUAUGCUUAG